AUGGCCCUCACCGAGCCCCUGGCCAGCGUCAGGGCCCACCUCCGGAUCCGCAGCCUCCUGGCCCGACAGUGCCUGGCAGAGUUUCUGGGUGUAUUUGUUCUCAUGCUCCUCACCCAGGGGGCAGUGGCCCAGGCUGUCACCAGCGGAGAAACCAAAGGCAACUUCUUCACCAUGUUUCUGGCUGGCGCUCUCUCGGUGACAAUAGCCAUCUACGUGGCUGGCAAUGUUUCAGGAGCCCACCUGAAUCCAGCUUUCUCGCUGGCCAUGUGCCUUCUGGGGCGCUUCCCCUGGGCCUACCUCCCCAUUUACUGCCUGGUGCAGCUGCUGGCUGCCUUCUGUGCCUCCGGAGCCACCUACAUCCUCUACUACGAUGCCUUGCAGAACUACACGGCCGGGAACCUGACAGUGACAGGCCCCAAAGAGACAGCCUCCAUCUUUGCCACCUACCCUGCCCCGUACCUGUCCCUGAGCAACGGCUUUGUGGAUCAGGUCAUAGGCACCGCCAUGCUGAUUGUGGGGCUCCUGGCUAUCCUGGACAGACGGAACAAGGGUGUGCCCGCUGGUCUGGAGCCUGUGGUGGUGGGGCUGCUGAUCUUGGUCAUUGGACUCUCCAUGGGUGUCAACUGUGGGUUUCCACUCAACCCUGCCCGGGACCUGGGACCACGGCUCUUCACCUACAUAGCCGGCUGGGGCCCUGAAGUCUUCAGUGCCGGGAAUGGCUGGUGGUGGGUGCCGGUGGUGGCCCCUCUGGUGGGGGCCACUCUUGGCACAGGCACAUACCAGGUGCUUGUGGCUCUGCACCACCCCGAGGACCCCGAGCUGGCUCCGGAUCUGGACUCUUCCCAGAGCAAAGCCUCCCCUCAGACGCUGGAGUGUAAACUGUGACAAAGCUAGCACCCACCUCCCGCGGGGACGCGAGAGCCACGGCCCUCCUGCCGGCAAGGCUGAUGCUCUUUCCGUGCCUGCCAACCCUGCUCACCCCACAGGCACCCCUCCUCCGAAUCGGGGCAAACGCGGCGGGAGGCGGCGAGGGGCUC